AUGAGAAGAAAUAACAGAGUAUUCAAAACAAAGGAUUGGAGUCCAAUUGAGGUUAUCUCUACAGCUGAAAGAGCAUUUCUUGAGUUCCAGUCAGCACCACCGUUGGGUUUUAUAAAGGUGAAUUGUGAUGCUGCAAAUACUCAAGGAGAUACUGCUGGCGGACUAGGAAUUAUUUUUAGGGAUCACAAUGGACGUCCUCUAAAGGCACUCUCUAUUUCCCAGGUCGUAUCCUCUGCAAUCCCAGGAGAAGCUCUAGCCAUUAGAGAAGCACUAAUGCAAGCUCGUGAAUUAGGAAUCACAAAUCUCCUUGUUGAAUCAGAUAACAAGGAGAUUAUUAGCUUUAUUGAAGAUCCUAAUCGUGUUCCGCCGCUUGAUGUUGCAGUUGUCGUUGAAGAUGUUCGUGAGCUAUGUUCUACUUUUGUAUCUGUUUCUUUUCUUUUUGUUCCAAGGGCUAUGAAUGUAAUUGCAGAUGCCGUAGCAAGGAAGGCCCUGUUUAUCAUGUGUAUGACAGAUUGGUCGAUUAGCACUCCGUGGCUUGAUGAUCUUUGUUUAUCUGAAGCCAUUGGCUAUACACAUGAUUCUCAUCAAUAA